UGACGUCACCCGGGUAUAAAACCAGCCCUGCUCUCCGCAGGUCCCAUUCAAAAACCCAACCAGUCAGCCCGCAUCCUCGAGACGAGCUCGCGGAGCCGCGCAUGGAAGAAAAAGUACCCUCCAGCAGAGUCAUCAUGACGCAGUUUUAGGAGCACAUCUUUUUCUGUGGGGGAAGAAUCUUAUAAUUCAAGGACAUUCACUUUUUCUGAGACAUUUUCACUUUUACAGAGUUUUACUACGUCUUCCCGAGCCGCCGCGUACCGGUGUGAUGCCCGCCGGGAUGUUCAGCAUAGACAGCAUCCUGUCCGGCCGGCCGAGCUGCAAGGAGCCGCUGCUCCUGCACCGGAGCGGCCCAGUGGUUCUCUCCGCCGGCCUCACGGACUCUAUCUACGGCGACUACAACGGACUAUACUCCGCUGCUUGUGGGCCUUCUCCCCCCGGUGUUCCGUCUGUGAACGGGACCAGGAUAGGAUAUAACGGUUACUACUACGGACAGCUGCACGUCCAGGGCGCCGGAGGAGCGCCGCCGUGCUGCGGCUCUGUGGCCGGCCUCAGCCCGCAGCAGUGCCCAUGCAUCCCGGCAGGCUACGACAGCCCGGGCUCGGUGCUGAUCUCCCCGGUCCCGCACCAGAUGAUGUCCUACAUGAACAUGGGCAGCCUCUCGCGCACCGAGCUGCAGCUCCUCAACCAGCUGCACUGCCGCCGGAAGCGGAGGCACCGCACCAUCUUCACGGACGAGCAGCUCGAGGCUCUGGAAGGCCUCUUCCAGGAGACCAAGUACCCGGAUGUCGGCACCAGGGAGCAGCUGGCCCGCAAGGUCCACCUCCGGGAGGAGAAGGUCGAGACCAACAACCAGUCCUUCUCCUUCUGGAGUUAA